CAACUCCUUUGUGUCAAAACAAGACGAUAAGAGUGUCUAGUUCUUUCACAAAAAAUUAUGCACAAUGAUGAUGAGCCAAUUCUAUUUAGCCAGAAUACCACAGAGAUAGAACCAGAUCUUAAAUUAGAUGGAUACAUGGAGGCAAGAAUCAUCAACAAGCAGGAAUCGCCAAUGGAGGAAAGCCCGUUUGAGGUGCGGCUGAAGGUCCACGGAGCGGGAUCCUCCGAGGGCAGAUUACCUGUGGAUCUUGUGACCAUCUUAGAUAUCGGCGAAACCAUGGAGGGAUCCCCGAUAAAAAAGGCGAAACUUGCCAUUGGUUUCUUGCUCCAGAAACUUAGCCAUGUCGAUCGUAUGUCUAUCGUCACUUUCAACAAGGAAGCUAACAAGUUGUGCCCACUUCGCCAGAUAACUGAAAGUUCUCGGAUGGAGAUUGCAAAUCAGGUUAAUGCUUUAGAAGCCGAGUCUAGCACAAACGUUGCUGCAGGCCUUAAAAUGGCCUUAAAAAUACUCGAUGAACGCACCUAUACCAGUGGGCGUCGUGCUGCUAUUAUCCUUAUAUCUAAUGGUAUAGAAGACUGUGAAAGUGAUGCUGCCAAUGUUUCUAUUGGCAAGGUGCCGGUAAACACAUUUGGACUUGGUAGUGACUGCGAUGAAGAGAUGCUCCGAGCUAUCGCCGAGUCAAGUGACGAGGGAAAUUUUGAAUUGGUUCCAGACAGGGUCUCUUUGAUUUCUAUAGUUUCUAAAUCUUUGGCUGGCCUACUUGGAAUGGUUAUGGAGGACCUAACUCUGACUUUGGCACCAGAAAAUGGUUCAAAAAUCACUGAGGUAGAGAGCAAAACCUAUCAUGAACAAACAAAGAGCAAAACCUAUUGUGUGACAGAGAGACUUGCGAAGUCCUUCUGAAGCUUACUCUUCCAAAGGUGGACAAGAGGUGUAACACCAAUAUUCUCAAAAUAACUUACAAGUUCAGGGGUAGUGGGGAGAAAACAUUUAAGUCCGAAGAGAGAAUCAUACAUGUUGACCGUGAUGCUCUGUCAAAGGAAGCAGAGAUUAAAGAGGUGCUAGCUGAAGGGAGACGUUUCAUGGCUCUCCCAUCUGGUAUCCCGAGUGGGUAUGACGCGCCCCACAUUGCACUUAAGACUGUUCAUGCAUCGCAACGUGCCAUAACUCUCCUAGCUGGUGUUUCGAGUGGUUUUAUACAAGGAACAAGUUAAAGCUCAUAGUUCGGAUCCAAACAAUUAUGUAGUGCCCGCCGCAGAGGAAGAUAAGAAAACCACAGCUCCUCCAACCGUAGAGGUUGAUGAACUUAUCUGUGAUAAGAAGGCCACCAUUUCACAUGAAUCACCGCCUUCCACAGCUCUCCCUACUAGAGUUUCGGGUGAGUGUGACACUCCCAUCAGCAACGAUCGCGAAGGUUAUAUAGAUCCAGCGAAGGAGGAUGAUAAGAAAGCCACCACUUUUCGUGAAACACUAUGUUCUGUAGCUCUUCCAACUGGUAUUCCUAGUGGGAAUGGCGCAUCUCGCGUUUCCCUUGAGGUUGUUCAUGCAUCGCAACGUGCCACAGCUCUCCCAGCUGGUGUUUCGAGUGGUUUUGAAACCCCCCUUAAGGAUGUGUACGAGGAACAAGCUAAAGCUCUUAUUUCGGAUCCCGACAACUAUGUAGUGCCGCUGCAAAAAAAGAUAAGAAAGCCACGGAUCCUCCAACCGUAGAGGUAGAUGGACCUAUCCGUGAUAAGAAAGGCACCAUUUCCCAUGAAGCAACUGUGUCUCAUGAAUUACAACAUUCCACAACUCCCCUAGCUGGUAUUCUGAGUGGAUAUGAUACUCCCAUCAAGGGGGAACACAUCAAACCAGCUGGGAAUUUCAACAAGGAUACCGAAGCACAAGAUAACAUUGCCACCUCUUCGGAUGACUCGCAACGUUCCAUAACUAUCAAGGAGGAACACGAGAAACAAAAUGAGACUUACAGCAAGGAUCCCGAAGGGGAUGGUCACACAGUACCCACAACGGAGAAAGAUAAGAAAGCCACCACUUCAAAAGAAUCACAACGUCCCACUGCUUUCCAAGAUAGCAUUCCGAGCGGGUAUGACACCUCCAACAUAGGGGAACACAAGAAACAAGCUGAGAGUCACAGACAGGAUGUCGGGGGUUAUUCAUUGCAGACAAUGAAGGAAGAUAAUAAAACCACUGAUUCUCAUAAAUCACAACAUUCUGAAGCACUCCCAGAUGUUAGCGGAAUGGAGGCGCCACCUAUACAUGAAGUUUUCAAACAAGAGGGUUGGGGAUUUGGUAGAUUAAAGCAAGUAGGUUAUUUGGGCUACAACAUUGUUAACAAACUAAAAAAACGAGACGCACGGGUAGAUCCGGUAGAUGUAACUACCAUCAUUGAGGAACAUAAGAACCAAGCUGAGAAUAACAACAAGGAUUUCAGGGGCACUCCGAGUGGGUAUCACAUAUCUUUCACGGCGAAACACAAGAAGCAAGCUGAAAGUGACAACAAAUAUCCCGAGGGUAAUACAGUACCCACAUCGGAGGAAGAUAAGAAUGCCAUCGGUCUUCGUGAAUCACAUGGUCCUAUAGCUUACCCAGACAGUUGGGGAUUUGGUUGGCUAAAGAAGGUAUUUGAUUGGGGCUACAACAUUGCUGCUGACAAAAUGAAAAAACAGGAGCCACGUGUUGCGUUCACUGGAAACCCUAUUCACCAUAAGAAAGAAGCUGAGAAUUACGAAAAGGAUCUCGUAGGUUAUCCAGUGCACAAAGAGGAGGAAGAUAAGAAAUCCACUGCUUCUCAUGAAUCACAAUGUUCCACAUCUAUCUCAUCAGCCAUUAUUCUAAGCGAGAAUGGAAUUCCCCCGACGGUGGAUUACAAUCAACAAGCUGUGAUUUCUGACAGGAAUCCCUCCAAAGAGGCCAUAGCAGAGGCUCCCAAACGGGAAGGUUGGGGAUUUGGUAGGUUGAAGCAGGUAGUUGAUUUGGGCUACAGCAAUAUUGCUGACAAAAUAAAAGAACACGAUCCACGAGCUGAACUGGUAGUUGACAUCGGCACCUUAUUUAUCUUGGACUUCAGUGCUUUUUUAGCUCUCGCUCUCUCUAUGAUAAGUUUGUAUUGGUAUUACAUGCUGAUCAUUUACUUCAUA